AUCCCAGGAGACUUUACCAAAGAACGUCUCCAAUCUGUUAGCCACAGCUUCGGAAGAAGCACCGACCGCAAUGGCUCCAGCUCGUGGUUUCACUUCCUGUGCAAGAACAUCGACAUCAAGCAGGAUGGAUCGAACCCGCCCGAAGUGGAUAACCGCGCCGCAACCAUGGGAUACCACAUCUCGACGCUCCCGCAGGCCGACUACAGCUGGCACCGCGCUGGCUUCUUCCUCCGUGUAGAGAAUGACGGGAGUACUACUCUGGUGUGCUUUGGUGCCGUGCCUAGAAUCAGGCAGAGGAUCAAUGAGUUUGUCGCGGCCAAGGCGUGGCAGCACGUCGUGACGGAUCCGUACAUUCUGUUUGAUCUGCUCUUUGAGGCGCUAUACUUUGAAGUCGACGAUACAGUCUGGAAGAUGAACACUGUCUUUGGGCCUCUGGAACACGCAAGUCGUCCCCUCCCCUUAAUUGUCAUCCCCUUUGCGGCCAUGCACAACUGCGCCAAGCACAUCAUCCACAUCGCGGAGGCCAUCGACUCGUGCAUCAUGCUCGUCGACGCUACUAUCCGCAACGUCGGCAAUCACGAGCACACGAGGCCCACGACCAACGAGCCUGUCCUGAAGCAGCUGCGUGAGACUCUCCAGUACCGACGCUCACUCUUCGACUCCAGCCAACUGCGUCUGAACAGUCUCCAGAAGCGCAUCGACAAUGCAAUCACGCUUUCGUUUAACCUGGUGACGCAGCAGGACUCGAUGGUCAUGAUCCAAGACUCCAACUCGAUGAAGGUGAUUGCCGCCAUCACCAUGAUCUUCCUACCAACCACGGGCGUCGCCACAGUCAUUGGCUCACAGCUGUUCCUGUCUGAGGCCCACGACGAUGGCAAGACGUGGAACGUGAUGCUGACGCCCCUGUUCUGGACAAUGUGGUGGAUCUCUAUUCCUCUAACCAUCUUUGUUGUUCUCCUGGCUAUUAUCUGG